UGGGUAAAUAACAGACGAGAAAGAAAUAAACGAAAUCUACCUAUCAAAAGAAUUUGUGCAUGUCAUGUCAUUCAAUUCAUUGUUAACAAUUUAUAUCUAAUAAUUCAAACAAUCUAAAACUUAUUGCAAGAUGAUGAGUGUAAGUGAAAACUUUCCCGAAUAUGCCGUACCUGGAGCCAAGCAAAUGCGGUUCGAACCGUAUGCAGACAACGGCGGCAGUAUUGUGGCCAUUGCCGGUGAUGACUACGCGGUUAUUGGAGCGGAUACCCGACUGAGCACCGGUUUUUCCAUCUAUACGAGGGAGCAGAAGAAGCUGUUCAAUCUGUCCGAGAGAACUGUGCUGGGCGCUACUGGCUGUUGGUGCGACACGCUCACUUUAACCAGAUUGCUGCAAGCGCGCUUGCAGAUGUACACACACGAGCACAAUAAGACCAUGUCUACGCCUGCUGUAGCGCAGAUGCUCUCCACGAUGUUGUAUUACAAACGCUUUUUCCCUUAUUAUGUAUCAAAUGUACUGGCUGGAUUAGAUGCUGAUGGCAAAGGCUGUGUUUACAGCUAUGAUCCUAUUGGACACUGUGAGCGCUCUAAUUACCGGGCCGUCGGCUCGGCGGGCGCUCAGCUGCAGCCCUUGCUAGACAACCAGAUUGGUCUGAAGAACAUGCAGAAUGUUACCGAAGCUCCCUUGCCGAGGGAGAAGGCUCUUGCCCUGCUAAAGGAUGUCUUCAUCAGUGCAGCAGAGAGAGACAUUUACACUGGAGACAGUAUUUACAUCCUCAUCAUCACUGCUAAUGGUAUCCAAGAAGAGAAGUUCGAACUGCGUAAAGAUUAGUUUGUAUUUGGUAUCAAUAAAUAUUUUUAAAUA